AUGUCUCUUGCAGCCAUUAGAGUCUCCGCACGCAGGGGUGCCUUCGCCGCACCCGUUGCCAGAGUUCCUAGAACUUUCCGCAACUCUGCCUUCCGUAGAUACUCGACAGAGGCACCCAAGACCAAGUCGUCCAACACCGCCCUCUUUGCUGGGCUUGGUCUUGCCGCCGCCGCCGGAGGUCUUGCAUUUUACAUAUACUCGUCGUCCUCGGAUACUGCAAAGCAGGCUGGCACAGCAUUGAAGUCGGGUGCGCAGGCGGUCAAGGUUGCAGCUAACUUCGUCCCCACCAAGGAGGACUAUCAAAAGGUGUACAACCGCAUCGCUGAGAUCCUCGAGGACGCGAGCGAUAAGGGCUACGAUGACGGUUCCUAUGGUCCUGUACUCCUUCGUCUGGCUUGGCAUUGCUCUGGUACCUAUGACAAGGAGACGGGCACUGGUGGAAGCAACAAGGCUACCAUGCGUUUCACGCCGGAGGCUCUUCACGGUGGUAACGCCGGUCUGGGCGUUGCCCGUGACAUCAUGGAGGGCAUCAAGAAGGAAUUUUCCUGGAUCUCGUACGGUGACUUGUGGACCCUUGGCGGUGUAGCCGCUGUCCAGGAGAUGGGCGGUCCUAAGAUUCCUUGGAGACCUGGCCGUAUCGAUGGUUUUGAGGUAGAUGUGACUCCUGACGGUCGUCUCCCUGAUGGUGCCCUGGGCUCCGACCACCUCCGGAAUAUUUUCUACCGCAUGGGGUUCAACGACCAGGAGAUCGUUGCGCUGUCGGGUGCGCACGCCGUCGGCCGCUGCCACAGAGACCGCUCUGGAUUUGAUGGCCCUUGGACUUUCUCGCCUAUAACCCUCAGUAACGAGUACUUCAGACUGCUUCUUGAGGAGAAAUGGAUCUGGAGAAAGUGGGACGGCCCCAAGCAGCUCGAGGACAAGACCACCCACUCGCUGAUGAUGUUGCCGACCGAUUACGCGCUGGUCCAGGACAAGAGCUUCAAGAAGUGGGUGCAGGCCUACGCGAAGGACCAGGAUCUGUGGUUUAAAGACUUUGCCUCCGUUGUCUCACGCCUGUUCGAGCUCGGUGUCCCCACCCCUCAGUUCGUUUCCUCGGACCCAUGGAUCUUGCAGACGUCGAACGAGUGA